AUGAAUAAUAAUAUGAAUAAUAAUAUUAAUUACAAUAAUUUGAAUAAUAAUAACAUUCAUUGGGAUUAUAAUAAUAAUAAUAAUAAUAAGAAUAUGAAUAUGAAUAUGAAUAUGAAUAAUAAUAAUAAAAACAAUCAUAUCAAUUAUAAUAACAAUAGUAAUAAUAUGAAUAAUACCUGGUUUGACUCUUGCACCUUAUUUGGGCCGAUCGAAGGAAAGAACUUUGGUAUGAGUCCAUCAUUGAAAGUUGGUGAUGCCCUUGUUCGAUUCCUCAAUACGAUAGCGGCCUCAAGCGGGUCGAUAAGAAAUUAA